GGGCCGCCGCGUCCGCUUGCCCUUAAAGGGCCAGGCCCCGGAAAACUCACCCCUGCUCGGCGUGCGGUCGCUACCACCGAUCACGCCCCUCACCCUCAGACUCUCCAUCCCUCCCAGGCCACCCCUGCAGCCGGCUUCCUCUCCUUUCCUCCCUCCUUCCCCUUUCCGGCGUCUCCGGGCUCCCAGCAACCAGCCGCCCCACGCUCUCACGGCCCUGGGCGGGGGCUGUAGGGUCUCGGGGCCGAGCUCAGCCCCUCGCGAGCUGGGGUCCUUUACAUUGGUUCGUACUCCGCCCCCACCCCCUCCGUCCCCUCCCCUCCGGGACCCCUGGGAGCGUCUCAGCGGCUCUUGGGAGGGGACGUUUCCUAAUCUCAGGCCGGGGUUAAAGUUCUGGUCCUAGUGAGAUGCUGGAAGCUGCGGCCGAAGCCGCAACCUGUCCUGGAGGUGUCCUGCCGCCCGUCGCCACUGCUGCCACUACCGCUAUCGCCGCCACUGCUGCCCUGUCGGGGCCAUGUUCGCUCCGUGCUUGCCCUUCUUGGUGCUCUUGGUGGCCUCGGUCGAGAGCCAUCUGGGGGUUCUGGGGCCCAAGAACGUCUCGCAGAAAGACGCCGAAUUUGAGCGCACCUACGUAGACGAGGUCAACAGUGAGCUGGUCAACAUCUACACUUUCAACCAUACUGUGACCCGCAACCGGACGGAGGGUGUGCGUGUGUCUGUGAAUGUCCUGAACAAGCAGAAGGGGGCUCCUUUGCUGUUCGUAGUCCGCCAGAAGGAAGCUGUGGUGUCCUUCCAGGUGCCCCUAAUCCUGCGAGGGCUGUAUCAGCGCAAGUACCUCUACCAAAAGGUGGAACGGACGCUAUGUCAGCCCCUCACCAAGAAUGAGUCUGAGGUCCAGUUCUUCUAUGUGGAUGUGUCAACCCUGUCACCAGUCAACACCACAUACCAUCUUCGAGUCAGCCGCAUGGAUGACUUUGUGCUCAGGACUGGGGAGCAGUUUAGCUUCAAUACCACAGCAGCUCAACCCCAGUACUUCAAGUAUGAGUUCCCUGAGGGUGUGGACUCGGUGAUUGUCAAGGUGACCUCCAACAAGGCUUUCCCCUGCUCUGUCAUUUCCAUCCAGGAUGUCCUGUGCCCUGUCUAUGACCUGGACAAUAAUGUGGCCUUCAUCGGCAUGUACCAGACAAUGACCAAGAAGGCAGCCAUCACAGUGCAGCGCAAAGACUUCCCAAGCAACAGCUUUUAUGUGGUGGUGGUGGUGAAGACUGAAGACCAGGCCUGUGGGGGUUCCUUGCCUUUCUACCCCUUUGUAGAAGAUGAACCAGUUGAUCAAGGACACCGCCAGAAAACUCUGUCAGUGCUGGUAUCUCAAGCAGUCACGUCUGAGGCCUACGUUGGUGGUAUGCUCUUUUGCCUGGGCAUAUUUCUCUCCUUCUACCUGCUGACCAUCCUCCUGGCCUGUUGGGAGAACUGGAGGCAGAGGAAGAAGACUCUGCUGGUGGCCGUGGACCGAGCCUGCCCAGAAAGUGGUCACCCUCGGAUCCUGGCUGAUACCUUCCCUGGCAGCUCCCCAUACGAGAGUUAUAACUAUGGCUCCUUUGAGAAUUGUUCUGGAUCCACUGAUGUUUUGGUUGACAGCACUGGUACCGGGGACCUUGCCUACACUUAUCAGGAUCGCCCCCUUGACCCAGUGGGCACUCGGCCACGACUGGACUCCAUGAGCUCUGUGGAAGAGGAUGACUAUGACACACUGACUGAUAUUGAUUCUGACAAGAAUGUCAUUCGCACCAAGCAAUACCUCUACGUGGCUGACUUGGCACGGAAGGACAAACGCAUCCUGCGGAAAAAGUACCAGAUCUACUUCUGGAACAUCGCCACCAUUGCUGUCUUCUAUGCCCUUCCAGUGGUGCAGCUGGUGAUCACCUACCAGACGGUGGUGAAUGUCACAGGGAAUCAGGACAUCUGCUACUACAAUUUCCUCUGUGCUCACCCGCUGGGCAACCUCAGCGCCUUCAACAACAUUCUCAGCAACCUGGGCUACAUCCUGCUGGGGCUGCUUUUCCUGCUCAUCAUCCUGCAGCGGGAGAUCAAUCACAACCGGGCCCUGCUGCGCAAUGACCUCUACGCCCUGGAAUGUGGGAUCCCAAAACACUUUGGCCUGUUCUAUGCUAUGGGCACAGCCUUGAUGAUGGAGGGGCUACUCAGUGCCUGCUAUCACGUCUGCCCCAACUAUACCAAUUUCCAGUUUGACACAUCAUUCAUGUACAUGAUCGCUGGACUGUGUAUGCUGAAGCUCUACCAGAAGCGGCACCCGGACAUCAAUGCCAGUGCCUACAGCGCCUAUGCCUGCUUGGCCAUUGUCAUCUUCUUCUCUGUGCUGGGCGUGGUCUUUGGCAAAGGGAACACGGCAUUCUGGAUCAUCUUCUCUGUCAUUCACAUCAUUGCUACCCUGCUGCUCAGCAUACAGCUCUAUUACAUGGGCCGCUGGAAGCUGGAUUCAGGCAUCUUCCGCCGCAUCCUCCAUGUGCUCUACACGGACUGCAUCCGGCAGUGCAGCAGGCCCCUCUACGUGGACCGCAUGGUGCUGCUGGUUAUGGGCAACAUUAUCAACUGGUCACUGGCUGCCUAUGGGCUCAUCAUGCGCCCCAAUGACUUUGCCUCCUACUUACUGGCCAUUGGCAUCUGCAACCUGCUUCUUUACUUUGCCUUCUACAUUAUCAUGAAGCUUCGGAGUGGGGAGAGGAUCAAGCUCAUCCCCCUGCUCUGCAUUCUCUGCACUUCCGUGGUCUGGGGCUUUGCACUCUAUUUCUUCUUCCAGGGACUCAGCACCUGGCAGAAAACCCCUGCAGAGUCACGGGAGCACAAUCGAGACUGCAUCCUCCUCAACUUCUUUGAUGACCACGACAUCUGGCACUUCCUCUCCUCCAUCGCCAUGUUUGGAUCUUUCCUGGUAUUGCUGACACUGGACGACGACCUGGAUACCGUGCAACGGGACAAGAUCUAUGUCUUCUAGUGCAAGCUGGGCCCCUGACAUCACCUCAUGGAGCCUUCAGCUCCUCUGCCUCACCUGCCCCUGUAGAGCUGGGGGUGUGAGUCCCAACCUUGCUGCCCAGUGCUGAAUGGGGGUGGGACAUUGUGAUCUAGCCCAAGCCUGGCCUGGGACAGUCAUGGGGUGGCCUUGAGCCAUGCCCUCUGCCAGGGAGAAGGCCUGCUCCCCUGAAGCUCCAGGCAGUGGCCAAAUUGCUGCUUUCUUCUCAGUGUUGGGAGCCACGGGUCCCUGUCUGUUGGCUCUCUGUUUGUCCCUCUGCAGGAGGAAGGAGGGAAGGUGUUGCCCUCCCCAUUUCAUGCCUUGCAUUUGCCCGUCCUUCCCCUCCCCCUCAGCCUGGGACCCUGAGCCCUUUCUUCAUCCCAGGCUCCUGCUCCAGAGCCCUAGUCUGGGGUCUGGUUUUCUGUUUUGUACCAGGACCCCAAUUCUCAGUGGGGCUGUACCUGGCUCCAUCACUGCCUGCUCCAGUCAGCCAGGAAUGUUGGUGACAUGGGACACGGGGGACUAUUCAGUUGGUGCCAGAUGCUUCGGUGCUAAGGCCUGCGAGAGGCCCAAGGCAGCACUGCCUCUUCUCUCUGAUCUGCGAUUAGGGGCUGGCUCUUUAGCAGUCAGGGUCAGC